CACUACUUACGACAAAUAGCAAUAGGUAAAUAUCCAACGAUUUAUGUGGAACAACCAACGUUGCACAUAUUACAUUGUAAACUCUUCGUGAAACGUUCCCAUUUAUUCACAUUUCACUUCUCGAAUUUCUUUCAGUACUGUCACUCAUCGUUCUUUUAAAGCACACGCAGAAAAAAAAUAUGGAUCAAGUAACAAAAGUGUUGGAACCUGGACGCCAGUUUUCUAAAGACUCUGUUAGGCUGGUUAAAAGAUGUACUAAACCUGACCGGAAAGAGUUUCAAAAAAUCGCAAUUGCCACGGCCAUUGGUUUUUGUAUUAUGGGUUUCAUUGGUUUCUUUGUCAAACUUAUUCACAUACCCAUUAACAACAUCAUUGUAGGAUCAUGAAGUGUUAGCGAUUCAACUUCUCUAUUUCCUGAAAACAACCUUUCUUGAUGAUAAGAUGUGUAUAAUUCACAAUUUUUGUUUUUAUACUGUGUAUUAAAUAUUUGUGAACAUCAUUUA